AAAUUCCAUCUAAUUAUCCAUUCGAAAAAAAAUUUCAUUUUUCGAUUAUUGCAAAAUAUCGCAUUUCUACUCGAAUUGAUCACAAGUAUACCGCUUAUAAUUACGAUUUUCGUGCCGAAAUUGCGAGAAAUUUAUGUUCCAAUAUUUCUUAAUUGUUGGUUAGCAAAAAAUGCUCUUCAAGCAAUAUUAAACGACCUGAAUCGUGUCUCUUCAGUUGCACAAUCGGCAUUAUUCCGACAAAUAAUCAUACUUUUAUCUACUUUAAUUUGUUUAAUAUUUACGGGUACGUGCGGCAUCGAACACCUUCAACGAGGCGGUGACCGUCAAUUUGAUCUCUUCACUUCAUUUUACUUUGUCAUUGUUACAUUCUCUACCGUCGGAUAUGGAGAUUGGUACCCUGAUACAUGGAUGAGCCGAUUAUAUGUUAUAAUUCUAAUAUGUGUAGCCUUUGCAGUUUUGCCUUCUCAGAUUGAAUCUUUGGGUCAAACAUGGUUACAGCGAAAAAAAGCUGGCGGCGAAUAUACUGAGGGAUGGGGAAGCCAUGAAAAGCACGUUGUGAUUACUAUACCUUACUUAGAAGCAGAAUUUAUUCGUGACUUUCUUACUGAAUUUUAUGCUCAUACUGAACAUCAGGACUUCAUGGUCAUAUUAUUGUCGCCUUGUGAAAUGGACGAUCAAAUGCGUAUGCUUCUCAAAAUUCCAAUGUGGGCAUCUCGCGUUCUUUAUUUAAGAGGAUCAGCUCUUAAAGAUGAGGAUCUGGAACGGGUCAGGAUGGUUUCGGCAGAAGCGUGCUUUAUUUUAUCAGCAAGGCAUAUAAAUGCGAAAGUGCGAGCGGAUGAGCAUACAAUCUUGAGAUCAUGGGCGGUGAAAGAUUUUGCACCUCAUGUGCCGCAAUAUAUCCAAAUAUUCAGGCCAGAAGCAAAGAUGCACAUCGAGCAUGCUGAAGUGGUAGUGUGUGAAGAUGAAUUUAAAUUUGCACUCCUAGCAAACAACUGCAUUUGCCCGGCUAUUUCUACAUUUAUCACUCUUCUUCUACAUACUUCGCGUGGCGAAGAGGGACAAAAAUCAAGCGAACCAUGGCAUCAGGUUUAUGGAUUUCAUUCGGGUAAUGAAAUUUAUCAUAUCAAAAUUGCUGAUAGUAAAUUUUUUGGUGAAUAUAUUGGAAAAUCAUUUACUUACGCAGCUUUCAAUGCUCAUAAAAUAUAUGGCGUUACACUUGUUGCUAUAAAACCUAAUGGAUAUAAUGAACACAUACGAUUAAAUCCAGGUCAUGGUUACACUCUCCGUGCAAUGGACAUUGCUUAUUACAUAGCUCUCACUAAUGAGGAAAAUUUAUUUAAUUUUAGGAAACAUGUGAUUGACCAAAGAAGGAAGGCGAAUGUGGCUACAACGAUUGCUAAAAUAGUAUUUAAGGAAUUGUAUAGCAGAAAACCAAGUAUUGCUGUUGUGGAGGAUAAUAAAAUUGAAAGCGAAUCUGAAGAUGAAGAGAGUGAUUGUUCAGAAUGCGUAGGAACAUGCAUAACAGAAAUGAUUACAAAAACUUAUCCACCAGUUACCUCAUAUAUUGGCACUGGUUUCACAGUAUGCCAUAUGAUGAAAAAUAAAAGGCCAAUUUGCUGUUUAGAAAUUGCCUGCAAACAUUGCCAUUUUCGCACUGCCAAUGAAUAUAAUUGGUCAAAUCCAGCAAUUAUUGUCGCAGCAGAUCGAACUAGUUCCGGUCUCUACAAUUUUAUUGUACCGCAUAGAGCUUAUUAUCGGCCAGUUCAUCAGUUACAACCCAUUAUUUUGCUUCUUGAACUAGAGGAGAAUAAUAAGCCAAAUCCUGUAUUUUUGGACGUAAUUGCGUGGUUCCCACUUGUUUAUUGGAUGCAAGGAAAAAUUUCUAGUUUAGAUAAUCUGCUUAAGGCAGGUGUCUGUUUGGCUGAUAGUGUCGUUGUUACAAAAGAAGGCGCUACUUCUGUCGAGGAACAUCUCGCCGAUUGUGCUACUAUUGUUACCGUACAAAAAAUUCAUCGGAUGUUCCCUAAUAUUCGUAUGAUAACUGAAUUAACCCAUUCAUCAAAUAUGCGAUUCAUGCAAUUCAAUGCGGACGAUGAAUAUGCUCUACAGCAAUCGAAAUUCGAGAAGAAAGAGCGUAAACGAGGAUCGAAUAUGUCUUUCAUGUUUCGUUUGCCAUUUGCACAAGGAAGCGUAUUUUCGGCGAAUAUGCUUGAUCGGUUAAUUUACCAAUCAUUCGUCAAAGAUUUUGUUGUUGAUUUCGUACGAUUGCUUCUUGGCAUUGAUCAAUCUGACGGUUCAGGCUAUUUAACAAGUGUAAGUAUAACAGAAGAAGAUUUAUGGAUAAGAACAUAUGGUCGCCUUUAUCAAAAACUUGCGAGUUCGGUUGCUGAUAUCCCAAUUGGUAUUUACCGUACCAAACAAAUGGAUUCAAAUACAGUUCGUUGUUUUCAGAUUUCUUUUAGUAAUAUUUCAUUAAAAAAAUAUCCCAUAUCAAAUAUCAUUUGUACCAAUAUUAUAUUUCAAAAUUUAGAGUAUGGCGAACGACGAAGUACCAUUUCCUAUGUCAUAAUUAAUCCCAACUUUGAUACUGAACUCGAAACUGGCGACAUUAUUUACGUUCUUCGAGCUCCCAUAUCUGAGGAUGCGGGAAGUAAACGUACAAAUCCACGCCGAGGUUUACAUCGUUCAAAAUUAAGCCCAACCAUCGAUAGCAGCAUUUCGCACAAUCACUUCAAAAUAGAGACCGAAUUGACGUUUGAGUACAAUUUUAAUCUAUUUUUUACAAAUUUCCCUUAA